CGCCGCCAGUUUUGGAGGAACGUAGGGAGGGCUUUGUCUCUGCGAUAUAGUUUCUGGCUCCGCUUUCAGAGCAGGCGGGACCGUAUGCUGAAGGCAGGUUGCCUGGCAUGGAGGGAUUACACACCUGCGUGGCUGUGGGGUAAUUGUGGGGGUCGGGAAUAGGCUCCAUCCCUGUCCGCUGGAGAGAUGAGGCUCUCAUCCCGAGCACAAAGCUGUCUCGGAAGAACGAUGUUCCCAGUUCCUGUGAAAUCUCCCAGGGAUGUGUUCUCACUGUGCGAGGAGUAACAGCCCUGAGACGCUUCAUUACUGCAGAACUUGCUUUUGGGAAAGAUAAUGAAAACUGAAUCUUUGAUCAUACGUUAAUGAAUGAUGGUCUGACUUUUGGAUGAAAUCCUGAAAGCAAUUAUGGAAAGAAAUGCUGCAUAAUGCCUGGAUUUUCUUGAAUCUUCCUGUGUUUCUCAAAAUGAGAAAUUGGAUAGGGGCAGCUUGGUAAAGGCUCUAACUCAUAAGGUUAUAUAAUUUGUUUAGUGGUUCUGUGGUGGUUUUUUUUUUUUAAACCUUUUUAUUUAGGGAUCAUUAUAUGUUGGUGGUUAAGGCUGCCAUUAAAGCACAAAUAACUGCUUCAUGUUGGAAAUGGAAGGAUAAUUAUUCUAGAAAAUGCCUUCUGUUCAGUCUCUUUGUCAUGUUCCUUGUCCAGAAAAAGGUGUAGGUCUUGAUUAUACGUAUGUAAUCUACAGUUAGAAAUAUUCCAACACUCCCUCCUGGAGGAUGUUGAAGGCUAUAUAGUGAUUUUUUUUUUUUUUAUUUCUCUGCAGAAAAUACGAAGAGUACUGUUUCACAGCCUUCAGCUGUUACUGGCUUUUUUUCAAAAAUGUGCCUUGAAAUGAUUGAAUCUUCUAUCUCAAUACCUUUUUUUUUAAAAAAAAAUGGCAGUUCAUGGCCUUGUGUAUGUUAUUUUAAAUAUAUUUAUAAAUAUAUAAAUGCUAUUUAACUAACUUCAUUAUCUGUAGCUUCAUAGUAGUUGGGGUUUUUUCUCAUUGAUUUAAAUGCUUGAAACAAGAAGCGUUCAUAUCUUUACGGAAGUUGGCUUGUUGUUUCUUGACUGAACAUUUCUUUUGAGCUUUCUUUUUGAUCCUUCUUAUAUUCUUGUGUGUUCUUAUAAUAUAAACUCCAUUAAAUAUAUUUUGCUCAGUCUCAGUUUACUUCCUGAGACUGAAUAUAUACUGUUCACAUUAUGUGAGAAAAACAAUUUUCCUCUUUUCCGUUGCAAACAUUGAUUUAAAAGUUUUCUGCAACUCCGGUAACUAUAAUCAGAAAUGUCUUCAGUGUGCAAGGUCGGGUAAUGAGUUAGGCAGGUAAACAGUCUUCCUCUCGCUGCUUCUCUUCAUUCAUUUGUAUCAGGAUGAGAUUUUAUUUGUGUAAUUUCAGCACUUGAUUUAAUUUAUUUUUGUCUGAGUUGGUUUUUUGCUAACUUUAAAGUGAACUAUUAAUCCUGCAUUUACUUUUUUCUCCUUACUUUGGAGACAUUGAAAACAAAGAUUUGGGGUUUUUUCAAAGCAUUAUUUCCUAGCUUUGUUUGUGUUUUCAAACAGAAGAGUUAAACUUGCUCAAUUUGUCUGUCCUGUGGAAGUAUGGUACAUCCCAUGAAAAUGUACAACUCUUGUAUCCAAUUUAAAUAUAAGAGCAUUUAAUAGUGUAGUUAUUUCUUCUACAAUAAGUAAGACUACUAAUAAGGGCUUCAAGCAGAAUCCUUAUUUUAAAUGUGCUAGUAUUUUUCUUACACUGUUCCAUUAAGUUGUUUUCUUUAAAAUCAUAGGUCUAAGGUUAAACAGAAUUUCUACUUUUGGCUCAUAAAGAGAUAGAAAUAACUACUAGUUUGCCAACUAUAUAUAGUUGUGUGUAUAUAUAUAUUUGUGUAGUGUGUGUAUAUAUAUAUGUAUAUUGUUGUUGGAGCUGCAAGACUUUAGCUUGCCCUCAGGAACCAGCUGGUGUGACACAUGCUUGUGUGUCACUUGAUGCAGAUGUGUGGCUGCACAGACUGUGGGACUCUGUCUACUGCAGCUGCUCAUUACUGCCUUUAGCUGUAGAUUACUGCUUCCCUUGCUCUACUGGUAAAGUGGUUUGUAGGAGCACUCUCUAAUCCACUCAGUCAAAUGUAUCUGGGUUAGCGCUUGCCACUUACUUAAAUUGUCUAAACUGACAGGGUUGAUUUUUGCCUGAAGUGGAUUAGGGAAUGCGCCCAUGACCUGUGCUUGCUGGCAGAGCAGUGAGGUCUGUAACUUUUGGCAGAGAGGGCGAAGCAAACAGCUGGAGCAGUAAUGCUUUUGACUAGCAUAGCUGUUCCUAGGCUGUUGCAGAUCCAUCGUGAUGUACACCAGAUCUGCAUGGUGCUGGAUACCCUAGUAGCAGUACUUGACAGGGUUACAUUUCUGCUGAAUUAGCUAGAGCACAAGAUACAAAGUUUUUAUUAGCUUUAUGCCCUUUGUAGGAUGACAGAUGACACCUAAUCUGGCAUGAAGUUAAGAGUAGUGCUGGCAAACAACUCUCCGGCCAUAGCAGCUGAUGAUGCAAAAUUAACUCACUGAUGCUUUUUUGAAUCAAUUUGAUGGUAGAGUAAGGGUUGGGCUGGAUGAACACUUUGCAUCAAAUGAGUGUAAAAUUGGUUCUCUAUUAAAUGCUUUGUAGCUCUGUUUCCUAUGUUCUUGAACUGUAGACUGAAACAAUGGCUGUUCACAGUCCGAGAAACAUAAAAUCACUGAAAUGGUGUUUGAUUUAGUAAUACAUGCUUUAAAAAUAGAUUUAAAUUAGCUUUAAUUAUCCACUGUUUUUACUCAUUCUUUUCCAACUGUGGCUAGUCACUCCAGCUUUGUUAUAUUCUGGCAAGAAUCUCCAUUAGGAAUGCUUAUCAAAUACAUUUAGUAGGUACACAAGUGGUAUUUGCAGCAAUAGAAACAGACAUUUUGCACCAGAAAUACACUUAAUGUUAGGCCUUUUCUAUAAAAAACAAAAUACCCAACCAAAACCACUCCCCCCCCCAACCCAAAACAAACCCUAAACCCUGCCAUGAGCCAGUGUGUGGGGUUUUUUAACCUGUAUGUUAGUAUAGCAUAUCUCUUACUUGUUCAGAGUCAAUUUAAGGCAAAUGGGAAAUGCGUUCAGACUAAAGUAACAGUUACACGACUUUAGCACUGCUUAAAUGGCUCUAAAAUUCUUAGUGAACUUUAAACUGCAGUAGCUCUUUUUGUAAACAAGCCUUCAGAUCAGGGUACUUUUAAAAUACCUAGGUAGAAUAAGGAUUUGUUCCUAUGGGGGGAAAAAAGGUUAAUGCUUUUCCCUACUCCGUGUAGCAUGCAGUAGUUUUAAAAUAUUCUGUUGCAGAUAAAGUGAGUGACUGAUGACGUAUGCUAAUACCAAAUGUUAGAGUUGAAUGUGAUUGUUUACCUUAAAAUCAUAAGUUGUUUUUAGUGUGUUUUCAUUUCAACUACAUUUUGUUGUUUGGGUUUUUUGUAUUUUUUUAUUUUUCUUUUUAAUAGCUUAAAUCACUCUGUGUUUUGCUUCAGAACAUUUUCGGCUCUUGCGUUUGGAAAACGUACACAAAUUUGCAACUGUGGGUUUGGAUACUGCUGGUAUCAGCAGUAGCUCCGAGCCUGGUGCGGCUCUGCGUGCAUGCGUGCAGGAGAAAUGUCCUGCAGCACCCUGUCUUUAGGUCUAAUGGCUAUGUCCUGUUGCUCCUCAAGCUGGGAUGCAUCAUUCCACUUCUCUUUGCAUUUAAUUGCAUGUUCUCACUGUCCAGACUAGAAUUCACUUCUGCUUUUUGAAGUAUGCCCUAUGUUCAACUCCACCAAAUCAAGGGAGACCCUACUUUUCAAGCCUGUUCUUCUCUGCCUCCCCUUGCCUGCUCUUGCAUCGUGACUGGGAGAGAGGGCUCUUCUGCAGGCUGCCCCUGCUAAAGGGAAGGGUGUCACUGCCUCUGCAGAUUCAGCUACAGACACAUUGGAAGCGAAUUCUUGAUCCUGUCUUUGACAGGAAUGCAGAGUCAGCUCCUAGCUGCUCUGUACUGCAAUUUGGGAUUCUCAGUUUUUAGGCGCAUGGUGAUGUUUUUGUGUAAAUGAAAAAUAACACUGAUGCACGUUUUUCUUUUGUUUUCUGCAUUUAGUAAUGAAUAUAGAAAUUCUGCUUCAUGAACAUAAGUAUUGAAGACUGUCAUCAAAUGUACAUUUCAGAGCUGAACUUCUGAGUUCAUUAAUCAACAUAAAUUGUCUUAAUCUUAGGAUAAUUCUGUAAGUAGACUACAGAGCAUGAAGUGGUGUAGUUCAUAGAAGAUUAAAUUAUUCUUCUUUGGAUAAGUAAAGUUUAUUUAAAACUAUUAAGACAACAGUACUUUGAACUAUUAUUUCCAGUACUACUGCAAGUUUUCUCCAGUUCUAUUUAAAACCAAGGAAACCAAUUACAUAAAAGUAAAAGCAUAAACUUUCCAUUUUAAUUUUCAGGAAUGAGAUUGCCUAGUAUGUAUUUUUUAUCAAUUUUUUUUUUCUGAGAAGGUUACAGAAAAUUACCCACAAUGUUUGUACUGAGUAAGAUAUAUCUUAGCAGUAAUAAAAAUUACUACUACAACUAUUUGCAUACUUAAUUUUUAAUAUGAAGUUGUAUCUAUUGCAUUUAUAUGGCAUGUCUGUCUAGGGUAAAUAUUUUUAUACCUACUGUUACUGUGAGAUUUUCUAUUGGCUCAGAAAAAUAAUCUAGAUGCUUUUAAAGGAUACUUGGAGUCAGCUGCAGAUCUGGUUUAGUACUACUGCUAAUUUUUUACUAGGUUUUUAGUAGAUUGUAGUGCACCCUGUAGCUGUGUUUUGUCCAAGCUUUAAAGUGAUAAUUCUGAUAGCAGGAACUAAGUUGAAGUUUUAGUUCAGGUAGGUACGUGUCUAUGUGUAAGGGUGCAUAAGCAGAAAUAUGCGCUUUAUUUUUUUUUCCCCCCUUAGGUAUUCAUUUGUGGUUUCAUUUAAAUAGCAUGGCAAGACAUCAUUCCCUCCAAUAAAGAAUUUGACUUGACCUUUAAAGUUUUUUUUCAUCUCAGAUUGGAAAGUAGAGUAUUUGAGUUAUGUUCACCUGUAUCAUUUGCUUAUAUUUAAGAUAUAUUGACUUGUUUGUUUGUUGUAUUUCAUAUGUUUGUCUUAAUGGGGAGGUGUGGAAUGAUUUUUGUCUAGUUUGUUAUGGAAGCCAGCCUAGCUAGCUGUUAUUUCUUUUGCCUCUCCAUAACUGUCAGGUCCAUAGUGUAAACAUUAAUCUAUAAUAUUUUAAAAGUUAUUUUUAAACUGUUUGCUUUUUACAUUUAAAUUGUAUAUGAUCAUGAUUAAUUGACUAACACAGACUUUAACACUUAACAUUAAGUGUUAAUGAUAAACUGCAGACAAGAUUUAAAUUCCAUGAUAUUAGGUUGGCUCUGGCAUUUCCUUUCCGGAUUCUGGAUUUGCAAUUAUUUUACUUGGGGUUUUUUUGGUGGUGGGUUUUUUUUUUUUUUUUUUUUUUUUGCUUUAGCUGUUGCACUCUGAAUUAUUGCAAAGUAUUUAAUACUGUUUGGAAUUUCCAUUGCUUCAAUCCUUGCUAAAGAUAAGCUAACAUCUGCAUGAAAAAUAAUUUAAUCAACAAAAUACGUGUGCUUGUUUGACAUACACCUCUUAAAGUCUUAGCAAACAUUCCAGCAGUAUUCAUGAAGCAAGAAAGUUUCCUUAUUCUGAUCCUAGAUCAAUAAACUGUGUGGUACUUUGCUAUAAAAUAUUUUUUCUGCAGGAAAAAAUGAAAUAUUUUCAGACCAAUAAAUGUGCUUUGAAACUCUUGUAUUCAGGUGAAAAAUAGCUUCACACAUUAUGACUUUCUUCAUGUAAAGCUCAUAGAACCAGUUGCUGAGUAUGUAGCUUCAUGUGAUGUAUCACUGUUCUCAAAGAAGGGCUUGAAUGGAUGGUUGAUUUGAUUUAACACGUUGCUGCUGCCACAAGAGACUAUUUUGCUCCCACUUGGGAGCACCUGUCCAGUUUCUUGCUCUAACUCUGCUUAUCUGGUGUUACAUCUCCUUGAUGAUCUGAUUCAGACCACUGAGCUGGCACGGUUUGUUUGUUUAUGAUUUUUGCAGAGAAGAGUGCUGGGGUAGUGGGCUGACCAAGGGGAUCAGGCAGGCACAACUCGGAGGCUGCAUAAGCAAGUGUGGAAGUUCCGGAGGUGGGGGGGGGGGAGAGAGCGCGUUCCUGAAGUGUACAGUUGCAGCCAGCUGUUGAAUCACUUGCUUGUCAUGUUGACUAUGCCAUUAUCUCUUUGCUAAUUUUCAAGCUGGUGUUAUUUGCGCAGGGGAAGUAUUAUUUUUUGGUUUCUGUUUCUUCAAAAACUUUUUUUUUUCAAAAUACACCUUUUCAAUGGCAUAGGAUACUUUGUGUAUCUUCUUUGCAAUAUAGAUACAGCAGGCACUGUGACCAGUUCAGAAGGUGACCCAAGCUGUAAUUUAACAUCCCUAAUUCAUUGGCUGCUGCUCGUAUUUGCUUUUGUAACAGUUACUGUAGAAGAAGCCUGGUUUUGGAUAAUACACCUACUUUGCAAGCUUGACCUGUAGAAGAGAGAAAACUUUUGGGCUCUGGUCCUUCAUAUUCAUGUGGAUAAACAGUCUUUGUGGAACUGAGAUUUUCAACUGAAUUCUCACCUAUCAACACUGGCAAAUAUUCACAAGAUUUACCACACCCUCAAUAGGCUGAAUCUGACAGAGGACGUUGGUCAAGACGAUCACCAGACAGAGAAGAAAACGUCUUGAGUCCAAAGCAAUUCUGUAGUGUGGAAUUCAAGAUGGAGAAGAUGAUUUUUUCCUUUUACAACAAGAUUGCAAGUUGUUUCAAGUUUUGAUGAGUAUCUUAGUUUUCUCAUCGUGUAUCUGAAAAAUCAUGAUCGUUAACUGUGCUUGUGGUGGUCUUGUUGUAUCAUUAAGCGAGCAGCUAUAUCUUUCCAAUUGCUUCAGCAUUCACAGUUUAUAAUUAUUCUUCCUUUGUAACAUCCCUCUACUCAAGCAUCAGAAGACCAGAAUUAUUCACAGGCAUUAUCUAGUGAGAAGGUGAAAAUUACAUGUCUGUAAAUCACUUCUGUAGGGACACAGCUUGUAGAAUUCUUAUUGAUUGACCUCUGUUUUUUCUUUUUUGUUCUGGUUUUGUUGCUAUUCUAGGAGUGUGCCUCCCUUGUGGUGAUUAUCUUGCAUGUUGUUUUAAAUUUCUUAGGGUGAAUUUUAGCUCUUGAGUUUAUGUUUCCCUUUGGUAGCUUUGUCUCCUGCAAAUUGUCUUCUGCAAAUCUGGAAGUACUGAAUAGAACGUUUGGCAAACAACAUUUAUACUCGGCAGGCUUUUGGCUGAUGGUGGCCUAUUCAGCAGCCAUUUGGAGGCUCUACCUUGCAAAUGCUAGCUUCAAGUGUUAAAAAAACAGUGAGAACUAGGAGGGUUCUGCCAAUCUUGAGUUGAGACACAGGAGUAAGAAACUUUGAAGAUAAUCACAUCAGAGAAGCUGGAUUUGUUUGAGAGCUGCAACUAGAUACAUUCAAACCAAGAAAGGGUAUAAGUUUUUCAUGAGAGAGGCUUUCAAAGAUACGAAGAAUAGGUUUGGUGAGCUGGAUUGGUCCAUUGAAGAGUCACCAGAGACAUAGGAGUAUGUAGCUGAGAGAAGGGGAGGGAAAGACUGCCACUUGAUUGUCAUCAGUGUCUUGAUUUGGCUGUUUCCUACCUGGGGACCUUCAUUCUUUGAGAACUAUCCAGUCCAAAUGAUACAGCCAGCCACUUACUUCUUUUCCCCUACUGGUUGCUGAGUGUCUCUUCCCCCUCCUCACCCCUGCAAAAAAGAAGGAAAACAAAAAUCAAAACCAAAGAACAAACAAGCAAAACCUUUCCUACCCCUUGCUCUCUGUAUCAUGAAAAACUUGGAGCUUAAAAAUAAAAAGGUUCUGUUUUCUAGAGGAAGUCUCCGGUCUUGCAGUUCAUCAGACUGCUUUAGUAAAGUGAUGCCUCCAAGGAAAAAGAGGAGACCUGCAGCAGGAGAUGAUUUAUCUGCUAAGAAAAGUAGACAUGAUGGUAUGUAUAGAAAAUAUGAUUCAACUAGAAUAAAAGCAGAGGAAGAAGUCUUUUCAAGUAAGAGAUGCUUAGAAUGGUUCUAUGAAUACGCAGGCACUGAUGACAUUGUAGGGCCAGAAGGUAUGGAGAAAUUUUGUGAAGACAUUGGAGUUGAACCAGAAAAUGUAGUUAUGCUUGUACUAGCAUGGAAGUUGGAUGCACAAAACAUGGGCUACUUUACAUUACAAGAAUGGUUAAAAGGAAUGACAUCACUACAAUGUGAUACUACAGAAAAAUUGAGAAAUUCUCUGGAUUACUUGAGAUCUUUAUUAAAUGAGCCUACAAAUUUUAAACUUAUUUAUAGAUAUGCAUUUGACUUUGCACGGGAAAAGGACCAGCGCAGCCUAGACAUCAAUACUGCCAAGUGUAUGUUGGGCCUCCUUUUAGGAAAAACAUGGUCCCUUUUUCCAGUAUUUCACCAGUUUCUAGAGCAAUCAAAAUAUAAAGUUAUCAAUAAGGACCAAUGGUGUAACGUGCUUGAAUUCAGCAGAACAAUUAACCUUGACCUCAGUAAUUAUGAUGAAGAUGGAGCCUGGCCAGUGUUGUUGGAUGAGUUUGUGGAAUGGUAUAAAGGAAAACAGAUGACAUAGGAGUUUAACUAUGCACAGCCACUCAAGAGUCACUGUUACCACAGUUAUGUCAACCAUUAGCCAUAAACUGCUAUUUGUAUCAAAGUGCAUGCUGCUUUUCUUGCACUGCAUCCCUUUUGCAGGGAACUUUUGAUGUUUGCUAUUUAACAAGCUAGCUAUGCUUGCUGUGUAGCAUUGUUCUCUUUGAAGGCUGCUUUGCAUUUUGUAUUUACACUACGAAUUGGUGAACUUGCCAGCGUCUUCACUGUGAUUAUGUGUAUAUUGCUGUCUAAAUUUUGUAUAUGUGUAUAAAAAAAAAGCUUCACCUAGGGAUUAUUUCUGCAGAAAUGUAUUGUAAAAAUAAUUUUGUGGCAUAUUUCUAGUCAUCACUUACAUGUUUGUUGAAACUUUAGUUAUUUUGUUUUUCUUUUGGUCUCAAAUGUAGCAUUUCAGAAAAUGAAAUGAACAGACUGCUUGGACAUAGUUAUGUGAAGAACUAUUGUCAAUUUUAAUGUUACUAUUUGAGAUGCCAAUUUCUGAGGGGAGAAGACAUGCUGUGACUUUCUUCACCGGAAUUCGCCAGACCUGACCUAUUGCUUAAUAGGAAUGAAACAUUGGUGUCUUAAAAAAAAUAUAUAUAUACAUAUAAAUAUUAAAACACUGUAAUAGUUGUACAUGCCACAGAUGAUUUCCAUUUGAAGAAAAAAAGUACUGACUUUUUAAUGUUAAAACUGCAGUAGUCAUUACAGGUACAAAUGAACAAAUUAAAGUACCUUUUAAAAAUGGGUUUUAGACUUUUGUAAAUUGCCUUUGGCAUACUCCUUUUAAUUAUUGGUGUACCAAGAGUGUUUGGUCUAUGUUGCGAUCUAGCGAAAUUGAAAGUUCUAGCUAAAAUUAGUGGUUUGGGGAAUAAAGUCUGCUCACCGCUAGCACACAGAUAAUACAGAUCUGGGGUUUUUGGGGUUUUUUUGUUUGUAACAUUAGUCUUCCCCAGGGUCUCUAACUUUGUGUUUCUAAGUAAUUAAAAAUAUGCUAUCAAAUAGUCAAAACAUUACUUUUUCUUUCAUGCUGGGGAUCAGAAUUUCCUAGCAGAAUGUCCAUUGCAGGCAAUGGGCAUGUUAAACACCAGCAUUAAAUGACAGUACUUUUUAGUAGGGACCACUGCCUAUGUCACUCAUUUCUUUAUCUGUAAAGGACAGUUCUAGUGAUUAUUUUGGGGAAAUUGAGUGAAUGCAAUGAUGUUUAAGUUCUGUACUUUUGUCAUGUUGUCUUUGCCUUACCCUUCCUUAUUAAGUAAUGUUAGUGUUGAUUUUUAUAAAUUAGGUCCUUGAAGUAUCCGGUGCUAUUCAACUUUGAUCCCUAAGGAUUUAUUAAAAUGUUCCAUAUUGAUUCACGGAGCAUUUAACUGGGGCCAGUGGAUGUUUUGGAAUGAAGAAUAAUGUUACUUUUCUGUAGAAAUAUUUUACAAGGUAUUGGCAGUUUUGAUAUUUCUCUACAAUGCAAUCCAGGGGGAGGGGGGGGAAGCAUUUUACGUUGAAUGUGAAAUUUUUAGCUGUAUUGAAGGUCCUAUUCUGCCAUCACUGAAGUCAGGAACAACUCUCAUUAACUUGACUACUUUCAGGAUUAGGCCUAGUUUAGCAAAACCACAUAAGUUUGCUGUCCUGGACCAGGAGGUUGUGUUGCUACAGGUGGUCAAUUUGUGUUCAAAUCUAUUUGUUAUUGUUGGUUUUUCUUUGUCAAGCUCGGCUGCCAAAGACAAAAAUUAUUUGUGUGUGUUUGUGUGUAUUUGUAUAUACAUAAAUAUACAAUAUGUAUGCAUAUACAAAACCUAGAAUUUCAUGAUGCUGAGAAGAAAAUGCUACCUUUCCCUGUGAAAUAGUCAUGUUCAGAUUUCCAUGACACUAAAUAGCACUCUUUAAAGUUAAUAGUGGUAAAACAUACAUAGUCAUUGCUUUUUCAUGUACUAAUACACGUAACCUUAAUUCCAUGUUUGAUGCCAGUUUGCACAAGAAAUUAAUUCAGUGGAGUGUGGUAUUUAAUGUUUACAAUAAGCCUCUUACUAAAUCACACACGUUUUAUUAAUGUGUAUAUUACCAUAAUAUAACCGUAAGGAAAUACCAGUGGAGCUGCUGGUUUAGUUCUUAAAAGAAUGAACUUAGAAGCAAUAUCACUUUUAACAUUAGGCUAAAUCGUGGUUGCUAAGAUUUUAAGUGGAAUACUGCAAUUGUUCUUCAAUGUUAGGCUAAUUACUGACUCUGGAAAACUGUUUAGCACAAAUUGGCAUGAAUACUGUAACAAAUACAAGGUUUGCAUAAAAGGUUUUGUAUGUCACAAAUAAUUUGGCUUCCAAUAAUGGAAGCAAGAGCCAAAGACUUUUAAUCUACUACUGUUAUAGGUAUAACUUUCAUGUAACAGGGUCAACAGAAAUCUGUUCAGCUCAACCAGGUGCUUUUUAUCCAAGUUUUGCUAAUGUUUAGCAGAAUACAAAUUUAUUUAAAAGCAGAGAAAACAGAGGAAAAGAAACCUCAGAAAGUCCUUGUGCUGUGUAAGUAAACUUUUCAUUUAUUCUUUGGGUAAAAGUAAUCAGGAAAGGAAGAAUUUGUUUGGAAAUUAAUGAGAUGCUGCAAAUUUUUUUUUUCACUUGCAAGCAGGAUUAUUCUGUAGUCUUCAACUGGUUUAUAAACAUGCAUCUUCAUAAAUAAACCACAAAUUCAAUUACAGCUAGUAGACAGCUUUACUGACAUUUAUAGAGAACAAAUGGACUAAAACGGACCCGUAUGGCUUGAUAAGCUUCCCUGUGUUAUCCAUCCUUCUGUUUUUGCUAUAUAUGCUGAUAAGCAGAGGAUCUUAACAUUGCUAGCUCUUGUAUUUUAGAGAAAUUCCCUCUCAGUUUUAAAUAAUUGUGGAAGCUUAAUUAUGCUACUCAACUUACCUUGUAGUUAGUACAAGUUUGGUGUUUGCUUUUUUGCUUGUUAUGCCAUCAUAUAGUAGAUGUAGGGUUGGGUUUUUUUCCUUUUGAAAAGUAAUAUACAGAAUAUGUUGACUUCUUGGACAAGAAACUAAGAGGUUGUUCUGGCUGAAGUGUCACAGGUCUUAUACUAAUCUUUCUGGUGCACUAUUACUGUCCUUAUAGCAGAAACUUGAUGAUCUAUGUGCAAUUCAUGCUUGGUAUUUGGGAGAUGUGAAGUGGAAAGCCAGUUAGCGAAAGGAAGACAGCAUUCAGAGACUACAGCAGUGGAGAGUCUUAAAUUGAUAGGUGACAAACAUUUGGAGCUCGUUAUUAGAAUAGCUGUAGAGAUAGUAGUAACAGAAACAUUCCACAAAUUAAUUACACAGCAAAAUAAUUUUAAGUUUUAAAAAUUCUUAAUGUAAUUCUGUGUUACUGUUGCUUUUUCACUUUUUUCAAAGGAAAGCAAACUGAAGAGGAUGGAAUUUAUUGGAAUCCUUUACGUACUUGAGUUUUCAGUUAGAGCCUGUUCAAGGUUGUAGUUAAGCUACAGUAAAUACUUGGGUCUCCUUUGUGUAGCCUUUUCUAACAUUUGUAGAGAACUGAAGGCUUCUCCCAUUUUACCACAAAUACAUGCAUUUUAUUUCCUCAGAAAUAUGUUCACACAAUCAAAAUUAGUUAUAGCUCAGUGCUACUUGGUUAAUGUUCCCAAGUUACCUUUUUGGAGGGCAAGAAAUGGACUUCAGUUGUAUUAAGGCUUUCCCAGAUUUCUGUUGACCCUUGGUCACAAGUCUAACAAAUUGUUUAAUAUGCUCGGAAUUCAUAUAGACAGCUUUAAAGGUUAGCUUGUGCCCUGGUUUUAAUUAUAACUGCUAAAAUACCUCUUUCUAGGCCUUAUAUUUUGUCCUUUCAUAUUGCUGUAAAAGCGUAUAGAAUCCAUCCACCAACUAAAUAGUUUGUUGUCUGUAAUUGAGACCAAAACUUGGCUUGGUAUUUUUUUGUUUGUUUUUAUUUUUUAAAUUUUUUCCCCUCUGUGUGCGCGUGUGUAGAUGUGUUGCCACAAAAUAGUACCUACUGACACUGCUGUUGCAGGAACAGCAGUUAACCUGUAACUGUGAAUGCUUUAUGUCUUAGUUAUUUGGAUAUUACAUACAUAAGGUGUGCUAAACUCCUGUGACUCACGACCUGACGAAAAUACUGUUACGCCACCUAACAUGAGUUUAUCCGGUUGAUUUUUAGGUCUUUUGCUGGUGUCGAUGUAAAAUGGCAUCCCACAAAUAAACAGUAUUUGUGUUGGUUUCAGCAA